GGCAAAGCAGCAGCGGGGAGAAGGGGGAACGGUUCCUGGUUCUUCUUCCCACUUGUCCUGCCUGCCUGCCUUCGGAAGCUGGAAGCCGAGCGGGGCAGAGACUGCUCAUCUUUCCCAGCUGGAUCCUGCUCGCUUCCUAGUCCAGGCCCUUGAAGGGAGAUGACGAACAUUGGCAACUUGCCAGACCACGUCAUGCUGGACAUCUUGUCGCUGAUUCCUAUGAACGAGUUGAUUCUCAGCUGCCGGCUGGUCUGCUCCCGGUGGAGAGACCUGGUGGACUUGCCCAUCCUCUGGAAGAGCAAAUACCGCCAUAAAAAUGAGAACUUGAAGAAGACCAAAGAGUUCUAUGUUUUUUCUCACCUGGAGAGGAACUUGAUCAAGAAUCCUUGUGGAGAAGAGGGCUUGGACUUCUGGGAUACCCAAACAUCUCCAAGGGGCCAGUGGAAAAUUAAAGAAAUGUCGGAAGCGGAUUCCUCCAAACUCCAGAAGUGGGAUUUCCUUCAGAGGCAUUUCUAUGUGAAAGAUGACGCCAUCCCUUAUCAAGAGGUUAACAAAUGCUUCGCUGCCUACGGUCGGCUCUGCGUCAAGUCUCAGCUCAUCACUUUAAAGGAUGAAGGCUACUGGGAUGAGCUGAUGGAUGAGGGCAGGCCCACGAUUGUGGUGAAGGACUGGUUCUAUGGUGUUCUUGGCCGCCGCUACCAGCUCUCUGUAAAGCUCUUGUCUGCAGACUUCACUGUGAUCAGAGAAUAUUGUUCCAAAGGCCGGUACACGUGCCAUUCAGAAGAUGAGGAAUGGCGCGAGGUUUCGCACACAUUUCACAACAUCCCUCCCGGAGUCCGCCACAUCUUCUUCCAACACCAAAGCCAAAAUCUGAACUGGCAGGAAUCCGGCCUUUUGAUGAGAAUAGCCAAGCUCUUCAGAAUAGCCAGAUGCAUGAGGAUCACCAAAAGCAGCGUCACCAUUGGCCCGUUUUCCUUGGACAAAACCAUGUACUAUAAGGACGGCAGAGAGUUGAGCAGAUGUAGCUUUAUUUAUUACCGAGGCAUCCAGUGUCCCUGCCGCGGCAACUAUCUCCACUGGUAACAAGUACUUUUGUUUUCUCCCGCGAGUCCUGCGUGGAGUCCUCCCUCUUGUCCUCCUCUAAAAUUUGCACCGCUCUCGUUGCAGAUUUCAGAUGUUCUGAGCUUCUGUCACGUUGUAUGCCUGCACCUGCUCACUCUCUCUAUAAUGGGCAUUUCUGGAAUUAAAGAACGCAGGCUGUUUCUCAGUGAGCUAUGCAGGAGGAGGAUGGAAGCUAGCUCUGAAACUGAGAUGGUUUUCAGGCAGCAGAGGGUCUUCCGUUUUCACAGCACAAGGUGCAGGGACAUGGAACAGGGAAUUGACCCAUUGAGUGGAUAAAAUAAUCUGUCCGUGCUCUGCCU